AUGAGGUCGAGUAUAAAGUAUUUCAUUCUGUUGUAUUAUUUUUUUGUCACCACAAGUACUUUACCCGUUAAAGAAAAAGUUAAAAUUAAGUACCCUUCGGCAAAGUAUGGAAGUCUAAAAGAGAAAAACUUGAAAGAUAAAAAAUUGAUUGCUGCAGCUAUUGAUCGUUGGAAACCUGAAUAUGGUAAUGUAUGGGAAUUGAGUGGUCUUCACGAAGGAGAUAUAAUGUUGAGUGAAAAUUCCUUGAGAAACAUCAUGACAAACGAGAGCAAAAAAUGGUCCGAUGGAAUUGUGCCAUACUUAAUAGAAGAAGACGCCUUCGAGGAGGACGAAGUAAAAAAAAUAAAAAGCGCCUUGGACGAUUUCCAUCGUAAGACCUGUAUUCGUUUUCGUCCUUACAAGGAAGGCGACGCGCACUUCAUAACUGUAAAAAGCGACGAUCCAGGUUGCUGGUCCUACGUCGGCAAACACGACGAGGGCCAAGUGGUCAACUUACAGCCGCCCAACUGCUUGAAGCACGGCACGAUAAUUCACGAGCUCAUGCACGCGCUGGGCUUCUAUCAUCAGCAGAGCGCCGCGGAUCGCGACGACUGGAUCGACGUGGUCUGGAAAAACAUACGCGCCGAUCGCCAGCACAAUUUCAACAAGUACGACAAGGCGAGCGUGACCGAUUACGGAGUCGCUUACGACUACGAGAGCGUCAUGCAUUACAGUGCUACGGCUUUUUCGAAGAAUGGAAAGAAAACGAUAAUUCCUAAGGUUGGAAAUGUCACACUUGGUCAGCGUGAAGGCUUCAGCGCUAAAGACGUCAAGAAAAUUAAUCUCAUGUACAAAGCUCAGUGUGAAAAUCGAGAAAAGAAACGAUAUCGCGACGUCGCAGUCGAGUAA